AUGCAGGAACCCAGCGAAGCCCAAGUAGGCAAUAUGCUAGCAUCUUCUGCCACAGGCACAACUUUCUUGAUCCUCAUUCAAUUGACGUCUCGAAUCUUCACAUUUGGCUCAAAUCAGCUGAUCUUACGCACACUAUCCCCUAUGGUACUCGGGAUCGCCGCCCAACUCGAGCUUUAUCAAGUCACAAUUCUGUACUUUUCUAGGGAAAGUAUACGAAUAGCCAUUCAAAGACAGCCUUUCAUCACAGAUUCUUCGGAAUCAAAAAUAGGGAAGCGUUCCCCGCAAUUUCAAUCGACGGCAUCUCAGUCGGUCGUGAAUGUGUCCUAUUUGAGCCUUUUCCUUGGAGUACCCUCUACGAUCCUGCUGACGAUGUUCUAUCAACAAUUUGCCCCAGAGCAAGCACUUAUGGUCCCUUUUUUUGAGGUCAGUGUGAUUAUCACAGGAAUCGCAGCGCUUCUAGAAUUGAGCGUUGAACCAUUCUUCGCGAUAGUCCAGCAACGUAUGUGGUACGAGAAACGAGCCGCAGUCGAAAUGCCGGCAGCAUUCAUGAAGAGCUUUGCGACCUGUUCGGCCUUUUUCUAUGCCUCCCAAACUGGCCGACAAGCUGGAAUCUUACCAUUUGCAAUUGGUCACUUGGCUUACUCCGUGACUCUCAUCGGCGGAUACUGCUUAUCCUUGCUCCCUCGUGCAAGUGAGCGACCAUUUUCCUAUCUCCCUACCGUCAUUAGACAGCACAAUGAUGAUAGUACGUAUAUCUUUGGUCGAUUCUCCUGGCGCUUGACAUCACUUGCUGCGAGUGUCUUUCUCCAGUCUCUUGUGAAACAUCUUCUCACUCAAGGAGAUUCCAUGAUGCUCGCUGCCAUGUCAAGCUUGGAGGAUCAAGGAAUCUACUCUCUGGCUUCAAACUACGGCGGCCUGAUUGCACGGAUUAUAUUUCAGCCCCUCGAAGAAAGCAGCCGAAACCUAUUUUCGACCCUUCUGAGCCCCAAUGAAAGUGGAAACCGAAAUGCGGCCCAAAUCAGCUUAGCAAAGAGUCAUCUGACGGAUCUUCUUCGAGCUUACCAACUUCUUUCGACGCUUAUCUUCCCACUGGGCCCGGUUAUGGUGCCACAGGCUCUUCGUAUCCUGGGGGGUCGCCAAUGGACAUCGCCUUUGGUUGGUGACCUGCUAUCACUAUAUUGCUACUAUAUCCCAUUCCUGGCCUUCAAUGGGAUCACCGAGGCGUUUGUAUCGUCUGCAGCCAACCCAGGGGAAAUCCGAAGGCAGACGGUUUGGAUGGGUGCCUUUUCUGCCAGCUACGCUCUCGCAGCUUAUACAUUUUUGGAAGUCUGGUCGAUGGGGGGCUAUGGGCUGGUGCUCGCCAACAUCGUGAACAUGGUGGUUCGAACUCUAUGGAGCUACACAUUCAUUCGAUCUUAUCUUCGUCGACAUGGAGAAGGUCUGAGUGUCGUGGAGGUGAGCAUCAAACCCGUCAGUUAUCUUUUGGGCAUACUCGCCACGGGCAUCAUGGUCACACACAGACCAUCGGGUCCGGAUCAACAUUUGAUUCCAGCCCUUGUCUUCAGCUGUUUCUAUGCGUUGUUGAUUCUCUAUGUGGAGAGACAAUUCUUGAUAGCACAAGUGAUGAAGCUGCGUCAGAUCGGGUCCUCUGGCAAAAAGGGUCCCAAAUCUGAAUAG